AUGGUGCGUAAGGGCCGGACUAAGGACAGCGUUGCAGGCGAGCGUUAUGACUCGAAUGCUAUCCCGGUGGUACAGCCGAUGUCAAGUCGUCCGAAUCGCACACGGCGGCAACCUGGUGGAUUCAAUCCGGCGGACCUCAUGGGAAUGGAAUGGGUGGGAUGCCUGGCAUGGGUGGGAUUCCUGGCAUGGGUGGGAUGCCUGGCAUGGGCGGAGAUGCCUGGCAUGGGUGGAAUGCCUGGGAUGGGUGGAAUGGGUGGGAUGCCUGGGAUGGUGCCGCCUAUGCAGCAGAUGAAACAUAAGAUGAUUUACGCCUAUGGACUGGCCGAGGGCAGCCCCACGUCGACGUUCUUUACAUUCUAUCCGAAUUAUCUCGACAGCAAGAAGACGGUACAGCAAGGACGUCGCAUCUCGAAGCUUCAGGCGUGUGAGUCUCCUAUUGCCGACGAAAUGUCGGAGGUUUGCACGUAUUUCAAACUGCCUCACGUGCUGGAGCUGAGCAAAAAGUACCCGCGAGACUGGGUCGUGUCCGGUCGUAUUCGGGUUCGUCUCGUGCGUGACGACGGAUCGUUAGAGAAUCCCGAAAUUCCGAAUCGCAAGACAUUGAUGAUUAAGAUGGCAGAGCUCAUCCCGAAGCUGCAGUCCCGCAAGGCGCGACUCGAGAAAAAGGCGGAGGCGGCCAAGAGUAAGGCAGUAGCGGCUGCCGGAGCAGUUACGACGUCGUCUGGUGGUGGGAAGAAGAAGGGAAAGAAGAAAGGCAGGAAAUAG